AUGUACCUGAACCCCCCUGGGUCGUUCCAGGCGGAAGGGGCGACGAAAGCCAUCGAGAACAUGAUCAUGAUGGGUGCGAAGGCCGAUGCCGUAUUGCACAAGAGAGCCGCGGAGGCCCACCACAAGGCAAUCUUCAGCAUUGGCGCCAGCAAGAAGGGCGUGACCUCGCGCGAGGCCUGGGACGAGGUGAAUGAUGCCGUGAUGGAUGUGUGCAACGCCGUCGCCGCCACUACCGACCCGGGGGGGCGGCCGUGCGUGAAGCCCCGGACCAAGUGUUCCGCGGCCGACGUAGCGUGCGCUGGUUCUCGCGAGUUCAAGGAUAAGAUCGACUGGAAGUCGGGCCGGUGCUUCCAGCCGCUCCCAGGGGUCACCGCGAAACAGGCUCUCAAGGCCGUGGGCAGGGCCAUUGUAUUGGGCUCGAAGAUUGGCGCCGGGGAGCUCGAGGCCAGCGCCGAGUCGCGCGCCGAGGCCCUCGCGAGCGCGGGCGCCAGCGGCGUGUCCUCCCUGUGUGACUGCGCGGCCGUCGACGCGGCCAUCGAGCGCGCGGUCGUUUUCGCGCCGACCUCGAAGGCGAUGGGUGCGUUCAACGCUGUCGCUGGCGUCAUCGAGCCGGAGGUGCCCGGGAACCCGAUGUCCGGCAUCAGCCCGGCGGGCGCCAGCAAGGCGCGCGGCGUCCUGGAAUUCGAGCAGUCCGAGUUCUAG